AUGACUGCCCAAUCCAAACUCCCUAGCACCUUCGUCAAAUUCCGUCGACUUUCACUUGGAACUACGCCUAAAGAAUUGAAGUCAAAUUUUCCGAGAGAAAAGCCAAAUUACGGUUAUGGCCUAAUGUUUCAAAAGUGCCACCGAGCCUACAGAUGGACCCCACCUGGGAGUGCCUUCGUGCCAGCCGGUGAAGUUCCUUGUGGCUGCCCCUCGGGCAGCCAGCGAGCGGAAGCCGUUUGCAAGUGCCUCGAGCCUACGAACGAUGCCACCUGGAAGUGCCUCGAGCCUACAGCUGAUGCCGUCUGCAAGUGCCUCGAGCCUAGAGAUGAUGCCAUCUGGAAGUGCCUCGAGCCUAGAGAUGAUGCCAUCUGGAAGUGCUUCGAGCCUACAGCUGAUGGAUUACUCCUUUCCCGCAGGCGUCCUAUCUCCUUAGUUCCUGCGGGGGUCGCAGAUGUCCAUUCCUGUGUACCGGCCAGCGAAGACGGCCUCUGCAACCUGUCCGUGGUGCUGGCUACGAACCUGUUCUUCCUGACUGAGAUCUUCGGUCGAGAUUGAGCAGAGCCAAUGCAGAGACGCGACUGUACCUAGUUUAUCUGUCGUAUAGACCAUUAUCUGGUUGAAUGAACAAAUUCAUCACUUGACAUAAAUUGCAUGAACAAAUCCAUACCGUCACGUAAACUGCAAAUGAAGCAAAUAUACAGCGACAAAUGAUAAGCGAUGGUUUUUUGCGCGAAUUACCUAUUAGGAAUGUAUUCUUUCUGGCUGCUCAAGUCAGGCCGAGCUGUCGUUGAACGCUUGCGUUCGCGCUAAGAAAACGUGCUUG